AUGAGGACUAGGAUGGAAAACCUCAAGCUGCAAGGAUUAAAUUGCAGAGGAAAUUUUCCUGAAAUUGUCGCCGCCGUCUUGACGGUUUCUUGGUUGGGAGCAGGGCGGAGGCGUUUUCUUUCCUUCUUGGCCGGCGGCAUGGACUGGGCAGCAGCUUCCGGGGCUCCGUCGUGGGGCGCGGCGGCGACGGACCCCGGCCCGACCAUGAUGUCCUUCGCGGGCCCGUCCUCCUCCACCUCCGCCGCCGCCGACGCCGAGGCGCGGCUCCAGGAUUUCGCCGCGGGUCUCGCCCAGAACGCGCGGCCGGCGGGGGCGGCGGGAGCCGGGAGGAGGUCCCGCGCGGCCGGGGGAGGUGCCGGCGCGGAGGCGUGCUCCGUCGACGGCUGCCGCUCUGAUCUCAGCCGGUGCCGCGAGUACCACCGGCGGCAUAAGGUCUGUGAGGCGCACGCCAAGACGCCGGUGGUGGUCGUCGGCGGCCAGGAGCAGCGCUUCUGCCAGCAAUGCAGCCGGGUCUUGUGA